AUUGUAGGUUGAUGUUUAUUAUACGUUCCAAGACAAAACCAGUCACGACUGAGCCGCGAAAGUGUACAGGGCAUCUAAACAUUGCCUUGUGUGCGAUAACGAACGUUCCUCUUUCUUGUCUACAUUAUAAAGAUUUCAUUGUUCAAAAUGUAUAAAGACAUAUGUGCAUUGCUCUGAAAAAAAGAACAAUUGCAGUAAUAAAUGAAAACAAACGCACACAACGAAAAUCAAAGAGAAUAUAACAAAGAGAAACGAACAAAUAUAUAAUCUCUGCACCUUCAUCACAUUUCGAGAAUAUUUUUCAUAUAUUUAAUAUAAUUAUCAAUAUGGUGGAAGAGUUGAUUCAUUUUAAAAUUUCCGCACCAGGCAGAAUCGUCUUAUCCGGAGAACAUUCGGCGAUAUACAGAAAACAUUUUGUCGCGACCAGCUUAAAUCUUCGUACCAAUCUCGAAUUCUGGGAGCUAAAUGAUUUAGAAAAAUUUAUUCACAUCGAAUUCCCCGAGGUUAAUUUCACGUACAAUAUAGAUUUAAAAAUAAUUAAAUUCUUUUGUGGAGAUAACGAAGUGAAUUCAACUCUGGACAAUUUCAUCAAAUACUUAAAGUACAUGAUAACGGUGUACGGAUUGUGGAUAACAUUUACUCAGAAACGUGCUUUAAUGAUAUUUUUUUACUUGCUCUUCGAGACCAUUAAACGUGGUGAACUCGAAAUCAAACCUUUUCGCAUAAAGGUCACCUCAGAAUUACCCAUCAACUCCGGUCUUGGUAGCUCGACGUCGUUUGCGGUUUGCGUCGCAGCGUGCUUUCUUCAUUGGAAGCGUCUACAUACGCAGAAUCAGCCUGUUGAAUUUGACAAUCCAGAUUUUAAGAAAGAAGUCAAGUCAUAUGUCGCGUCCUACGAAGAUUUCUUACUUGACUACGAUUGCGCGUGGAUCGAUACCGACGUUUGUAUAUACGGCAAUAUAAGGAAAAGUCGACUUACCGAUUACAUAAAUGUUGAUACGGUUGACUCCCAGGAUUUGCAAGAAAUGAAGAUUUUACUGGUCCCUUCGAAAGUUCCUCAGAAAAAGCACCAUCAGACGAAACAAAUGAUACACCGGAAACUUAAUUCCAAUGCAGAGUCGAACGAGUUUGAGAUUUUGUUAAAUGAAUUGGACGACGUAGCAAUACAAAUAUACGAUAAUCUCAAAUCAUUAAGUGAUAACAUCAAAAAUAUUGGUUUGCGUGAAUGUCGACAGCAUUACAAGUCAUUACGGAAAUCCAUUAAGUGGAAUCAACAAUUAUUGUGUAACAAUUUUUUGACAAAUGAGGAAUUCGAUAAGAUCUGCAAAAUUGCAAAAGAUAAAGGAUUCGCGGGAAAACUUACAGGUUUUGCAGCUAAAUACGUAUACAUUUUGCUUCCACCUUACGUAAAAAAAGAAAAAUCGAGGAUAUUAAAACAGAAUUAAAAAAUCAACAUUUCACGUUUAUAGAUGCCUCUAUCAAUUGUAAAGGGUUGAAGCUUGAAUGAUUCUAUUAAAAUUAUCGCGGUUAUGUACUAUAAAUAACUAUACAUAUAAUGACAAACAACUAAAUGUACAAAAAUAGAGCAAAAUUACUAAUUAAAUAAUAAUAAUAUUUUAAGGAACGUAUGGCAAACAAUA